CAUUUCCUCUCUUCAUUCUAUGUUCAAACCUUGGUGGGGCUAAACAGAGAGCAGGGAGACGAGCAAGUCAUGGGAGGGGUGGAAAAUGAAAGCCUAAGAUUUGAAUAAGAACAGGAGUCUUUACUUACAGCUGACUUUUCUUGCCCUGUCGAAGCCACAGAGUAGAAUUUAUGCCAAAAACAGGCCAAAACAAAGCUCAUCAGGGUUAGUUUGAUAUGGUGGAGGUGGACUUAAACAUGGCAGGUUUCAGCAGUGCCAAUGAGGAGAAUCUGAAGGAGAAUCAGGACCAUGACCACCCAAAAGUAGACGUGGAAAGCCAGCUGCAGCACACGCAGCGAGACGUGCUGUGUGACUCCUGCAUGGACAGCCCCAGCAAAGCAGUCAAAUCCUGCCUGACCUGUCUGGUCUCCUACUGCGACGCCCACCUCAGACCACAUCUGGAGAAAGCCAAGUUUCAGACUCACACUUUGGUGGACCCCCUCCAUGAGAUCGAUGGCCGGAUCUGCGAGGUCCAUCGCCUUCCCUUCACAAGCUUCUGCCUUCAGGAUGGCUGCUGUGUGUGUCUGGACUGCGAGAGUCAGGAGCACGGAGGGCACCAAACCAAGACUUUGGAGGCGGCUCGGGCACAGAUUGAGAGCGAGCUUCUGCAGAAACACAAAGACGUCAAUCAAAGCGUCUCUGAUGUAGAGMAAGCGAUUGAGAAACUGCAGAACAACAGUGACCUGAUUAAGGCUUCAGCGCAGGAGGUUUGUGCUGUUAUUGAACAGCAGUUCAGCAGGCUGCAGGCGGCCGUGCAGGAGGCCAGGAAAAGGGUCGAGCUGGUGCUGGAAGGAGAGCAGAACCUGGCUUGCAGACAGACGGAAGGCAUUCAGGCUCAUCUGGAGCAGAGGAGAGCCGAGCUGGUGAAAACAUUGGCUGAAAUAAGCAAACUGUCUGAGAACAAGUCUGACGCCGACUUUCUGAAGGGCUACUCGGAGUGGGAGAAAGGAGUGGCAGAUGUGUGUGCGCCUGCUGUGCGCGUCGACCGGACGGAUUAUCUGCUCUCAUACGGCCAAGCAGUGGCUGACGUUACGCAGGAGCUGUGUGACCUGGUUUCACAUUCCUACGGCCAAGAAAUGAGCCUGAUGUGCAAAACUGGCGUAAAGACCACGAUGACCGAAACUCAGCUUUCAUCCCUGCCUGACCCCGAGACAAGAGAAGACUUUUUGAAAUUCAAAAAGAGUUUGACCUUUGACCCGGACACCACCCAUCAUUUUCUACGUAGAACAGAGGACGACAGAAAGCUGACCAACACCAGCCCCUGGCAGCACAGCUACCCUGACCACCCCGGUCGCUUUGAACACUGGCGUCAGGCCCUGACCUCAGAGAGCCUUUACUUAGGAAGACACUACGUUGAGGCAGAGCUGAGCGGGGAGGGUGCACACGUCGGUGUCGCCUACAAGAGUAUAGAUCGUAAGGGCGAGCAAAGUGGCAACUGCAUCACUGGGAGCGAGUCUUCUUGGUGCGUAGGGCGAGACGGCCGGGGGGUCUCUGCCUGGCAUGCAGGUGAGGCGACAGCUUUGGAAGUCACUGACCUCGCCAGAAUCGGUUUGUAUCUGGACUUUGAGCGGGGGUCUCUGUCUUUCUACGGCGUAACAGCCCACAUGCAGCUGCUGCAUACUUACAUCACUAACUUUACAGAGCCCCUUUAUGUAAUAGUUUGGUUAUCAAAGAAAGACAAUGUUGUUUCUUUGGUUUAAUUUGAAAUGAGAUUUAAAGGGAUCCCCGAUUAGUUGUAACAUUAGACUUUAUUUGAUAAACAC